AAAAACUUUCGUAAAAACCUUUUUUUUUUUAAAAAAAAUACAUAACUUGAAAAUGACAGACUGUACAUCACUCAUCAUCCAUAAUUUGGACAAGAACAUCACAGAAGAAAUUCUGAGCAAUGUAUUUGCUUUGAUCUCUCCUAUAGCGAGUGUCAAGAUAACAAGUGAUAACAGAAAUAAUGGUUUAAAUUGUGCCGUUAUAGAAUUCCAUGAAUAUCAAGCUGCUGAACAAGCAUUACAUGCUAUGGAUAAGCGUGUAAUAUAUAAUCAGGAAAUUGCUGUAAACUGGAAUAAUGAACAUAAAGACGAUGAUAUCAUUCAGGAAGCUCCAUCACAGGUUAUUGUUUCUGAUUUGGACCCCAAAGUAGAUGACGAAAUUUUGAGGAAUACUUUCAAACAAUUCCACAUUGCUGACGCACGUGUGAUAAAUGGCCAAGGAAUCGUAACUUUUGAUCAAAAAUCGCACGCUGAAGAAGCUAUUCGUCAAAUGGACUCUCAGCCCAUCUUAUCAUCAAAUGUACAUUGUUAUAUGGCACCUGACAACAGUGAUGCUGUAUCUACCAAUAGUUCAAGACGCUCAUCGUCCGACAGUGAUCAUGUUGUCCUCUCUAAUAUGUCCUAUGAGGAGAUUUUUGCACAAACACCACUUUACAAUACAUCUGUAUAUAUUUCAAACUUACCAAAACAAGUUAUCAAGCAAGAUAUAAUACCACAUUUACAGCAAUAUGGGUUUGUAUCGGACAUUUAUGUUAAAGGAUCUAAAGCAACUGUCAAACUGGAUACGCACGCAAAUGCAGCUACUGCUAUAUUCGCUUUACAAGGGGUCAAUAUUGCUGGAAAUAAUGUUCGUCUAGGUUGGGUCAAGGAUAGAGCUCCCCAACGUGUUGAUAGCCAAGAUAAUAUGCAAAGAUCAUAUAACGUUUUCUCACCUGGCUACAUUACUCCCAGUAAAUACGUAAAUCUCAUUACAAACACAUAUGACAAUCACACAACAAUGAGACCUCCUGCACCUACUUCAGAUCCUAUGGGUGGUGAGCCUGGAGGUGGACUUCAUGGCUGGAACCAAUACUAUCAGCAAUAUUAUAGUGCUGGUCAUUUAACCAUUUAAUUUCCCAUUGCAUUUGUAAUAAAAGUAAAUAAACAAAAACUAUACCCAACGGAACUUAUAGACGAUUCUUUGACUUCCAUCAGUAACACGAACCGUGAGAAAACUAUCAGAAAAUAUGCAAUGGGACUUGACAAAAACUUUUGUUUUGAACGCACCCCCCAAUUUGCAUACAGCC